UUGGAGUAUGGAGACAGGCUCUAAAAGAGACAGCCAAUCUGUCUGGUUGGGAUUUGAGAAAUAUUGCUGAUGGACAUGAAGGUCAAGUGAUUAAAUUGAUUGUUGAAGAGGUUUCGCGUGAGUUAUGUUCAUUUAAUUCGAACAUCAUUGAUGAAAAGUUAGUAGGCAUAGAACAGAGGAUGCAGGAUCUCGAGCUGUUGUUAAAAAUUGGUUUGGAUGAUGUUCGCAUGAUAGGGAUCAAGGGGAUGGGAGGUGCUGGUAAGACAACUUUGGCCAGGGCCAUUUUUGAUAAAAUAUCCACUCAGUUUGAAGCUAGAAGCUUUGUUGAGAACGUCUCAAAAGCCUCCUUGUCAGGCUUGAACUCGCUGCAAAAUCAAGUUCUCGCCGAUGUAUCAAAAGAUCAAUGCAUAACCGUAAGUAGUGUUCAUGAUGGGAUAAACAUGAUGAAAUUGAGGUUGAGGGGUAAAAGGGUACUUGUUGUUCUAGAUGAUGUUGAUCAUAUAAGCCAUCUUGAGGCAUUAGCAGGUGAUAAUAGUUGGUUUAAACCUGGAAGUAGAAUUAUAAUUACAACAAGAGAUGAGCAAGUUUUGUUAUCACAUCGGGUGAGCUUGAUCCACUAUAUUCAUCUGUUAUCAGAUGAGGAAGCGACACGCCUCUUCAGUAGGUAUGCGUUUGGGAAAGAUAUCCCAGUUAGAGAGUAUGAAAAGGAAUCUCUCAAAGUUGUACGUUAUGCUAAUGGUCUUCCAUUAACAGUCAAAGUUUUGGGCUCGUUAUUGUGUGGUAAAGAGAAGCCUCAAUGGAUAGAUACACUAGCAGGACUCAAAACAAUUCCAUUGGAGGAAACUGUUAAAAAACUCGAAAUAAGCUAUGAAAGCUUGGAAGAUGAGCACAAGAAAAUAUUCCUAGAUGUUGCAUGCUUUCUGAAAAAUUGGAAAACAGAGGAUGCUAUAAGAAUGCUUGAUGGUUGUGGAUUUCAGAGAAAAUCUCUUAUUACCAUUACAGUCGUACAUAAAACUGAAUUUGAUUAUGACUUGCCUUAUGAAAGUCAGCGUUAUGAACAAAUAUGCAUGCAUGACCAUAUAGAAGAAAUGGGCAAGAAUAUUGUACGUCGUUCGCAUCCUGAUGACCCGUGUCGACAUAGCCGAUUGUGGGUUCAGGAUGAAAUCAAACACGUCUUGGCUCGUGACAUUGUAAGAAUUCAUCUUACUUCUAAUUCGUGA